CCUUGCUCUGCCCUCCCUGUGGAAGAGUGUCUUCAGUGUCCCAGAGAUGGAGAAUCCCAGUGUUCAGGUGGCGAGCCUCUGAUGUGCUCCUGGCACCAGAGCAGUCCUGGUUAUUAAUUUAGGAAUGCCUCAGCAGGCAAAGAAUACUUUUCUUGCAACCAUGAGUUACUUCGCUCUCUUUCUGGGCUUCUUGCAUCGAGUCGUUCAAACACUCAUCUUUGCUUAUUUGGUCUCAGUGUCAUUGGCUGCCUCUCAGGGCCUUUUCCCAAGGCUGGAGAGUGGCACUUUCAAGAAGGUUUUCACGGUGCCAAGCCAUGUCACGUGUGGAUUCCCAGGCCCCAGCAUUUUUUGUCACAGUGAGGCGGAUGUUAAGAGCUUGCAGUUGACCCCGAGGCUAUGUACCCAGGACUGCCCUUACCCUUACCGCUCUGCCUCUCCUUCCUACACCGCCCUCCUGGAAGGCCUUUGAGGCCACCUCCUGGCAGACCACACUGACCUCCAUCUUCAUUCCAAGAUCAACUCCACGAGCUUUAUAUUCAGAAGUCACAAGAGCCACCCUCCUCUACAAGCUCCAAGGCUGGCAGCAGAAUUUACCUUAGCUGUGUGGUUGAAGGCUGAGCAAGAAGGCAUAAUGUGUGUGAUAGAAAAGACAGUGGAUGGGCAGAUUGUGUUCAAAGUUACAAUAUCUGAGAAAGAGACCAUGUUUUAUUAUCGCACAGUAAAUGGUUUGCAGCCGCCAAUAAAAGUAAUGACACCAGGGAGAAUUCUUAUGAAGAAAUGGAUUCAUCUCAGUGUGCAGGUACAUCAGACAGAAAUCAGCUUCUGCCAGGAUGGUUUGGAUGAGAACAAUGUAGCAUUCGAUACAAGGACUCUAAGUGGUUCAAUUACAGACUCUGCCUCCAGCACCAUACAAGUAGGAUACAGCUCAAAUGGUAAGACUUUUGUCUUUAAAAUUCUAUUUAAGCUAUUUCAGAAGUGAUUUAGGAACAGAGAGAUUCUGGGACUCUGUUCUGGUGAUCUCCCGCACUGGCACAUCCAGCCACAUUGCCGCUGCCCAGGCAGCCACCAGCCACCCCGUGUCCACCCUUUGGUCCAGCAGUACUGCAUUCCCAAUGGUGCAGAAGAUAGGUACCAUCAUCACGUGUCACGGCUGAAUCCUGAAGCCCAUCCUCUCUCCUUCAUUAAUGAUAAUGACAUUGCGACUUUGUGGAUUUCCCAUGUGUUUGAAAAUAUUACACAGCUUAGUCAAGGAGUGAUUAUUUCCGUAGACUUGGAAAAUGUACAGUACCAGGCACUUGGAGUCACCAUUCACUUCUCUAGCCCACAGCCUGCAGCUUUAAGCACCCAGAGGAAGAAGGCAGACAGCUCUCCCUGGGAGCACUGGCAGCAUUUUGUUAAAAGAAAAACCUGCCAUGUAUGGGGAAUGAAAGACAAUGAAAAAAAUAGCUUCCAAUCUAGAUGCCAAUGCCACAGACAUGCUGAGGCCUGUGACAGGACCAGAUGUCCUUAUAGAUGCUUCUGUUCUCCACAGAGCUUCACUGAAGGGCCUCAGAGUGAUCGCUGUCUGCCACUUUAUGAUGACAAGCCUGUCCACAGUGGUGAUGGCGUUCAUGCAUUCAGCUGUAAACCCUGUCAGUGCAACAACCAUGCCAGGAGCUGCAACUAUGAUGAUUCUGUGGACCCAUUUCCUCUGAAGCACAGCAGGGGCAGAGGAGGAGUCUGUUCACAAUGCAUAACCUAUCCCUACACAGGGAGAAACUGUGAGUCGUGCCAGGAUGGCUCUUACUGACCCAUUGGUGCUGAUCCUUCUGCCCCCGAUGUCUGCAAGCCCUGUGACUGUAACCACACGGGAACUAGAAAUGGCGACCUCCUCUGUGACCUGAUUGGAGGCCAGUGUGAUUGUAAGAGACAAGUGUCUGGCAGACAGUGCCUUCGGUGCCAGGAUGAAUUCUAUGACCUGCAGGCGUUGGAUCCUGAUGGCUGCCACCCCUGUAACUGCAAUCCCUCUGUGACUGUGGAUGGAGACAUUACCUGUCACCAACAUUCAGGCCAGUUGUGCAAAGUGAAUGUUAUUGGGCUUCGAUGCAAUCGCUGCAAUUUUGGAUUUAAAUUUCUCCAGAGUUUUAAUGAUGAUGGAUGCAAGCCCUGCCAGUGUAACCUCCAUGGCUCAGUGAACCAACUCUGCAAUCCACUUUCUGGGCAGUGUGAAUGCAAGAAGGAAGCCAAAGGACUUAAGUGUGACACUUGCAGAGAAGACAUUUAUGGGUUGGCCGGCAGUGCUUGUAAGGCCUGUGACUGUAGCGUGGCUGGCUCCCAAGCUUCAACCAAUUGUGAUCCUGAUACAGGGCUGUGUUUCUAUAAGUUCAACGUUGGAGGGAAACAGUGCAGUCAGUGUUUUGAGGGGUACUUCAGCCUUCAACAGAAAGAUUCCUUCCUCUGUUUGCUUUGUGACUUCAAGAAGCCUAGGACAGUAAAUGGCUCUCUGUUGUGUGACAAAUCAACUGAACAGUGUCUUUGCAAAUCAGGAGUAACAACUUGUCUGCGCUGCAAUCAGUGUGCAUCUAACAGGUUCAAUUUGACGAUGGGCAGUCUUCAAGGGUGCCAGGUGUGUGAGUGUGACCCUGCCAGUGGCCAGUGCCCAUAUCUGCCUCAACAACAAGGAAGAAGGUGUGAGCAGUGUCAGCAAGACUUUUACAUUUCUCCUGGCCGCACCACUGGCCUGCAGUGCUUAUACCACACAAUUGGAGCAGUAAGCCAUAUCUGUUACACUGUUACCAGGAAUGAUCCCUCAACCACUAGGCAGAGCCUUUACCAAUGCCAAGAUGGUUACUCUGGAUUUGAUCCUGAGACUGGAAGAUGCCAGCCUUAUCAUUGUUGUCUAGCAGGAGCCUUGAAUGAAACUUGCGAUGUGGUCACAGGUCGGUGUUUCGGCAAACAGUUUGUCAUGGACUCAAAGUGUGGCACUUGUGUUCCUGGUGCAAGUCACCACUUGGAUGCCAACAGUCUACUACGCUGCAGCAAAACUGCAUUCUAUCAACCUCCACCCAGAGGACCGGUUCAGAGUUCUUCCUCCAUCAAUCUCUCCUGGAGUCCAUCUGUUUUUCCAAAUGCCCACUGGCUGUCUUACACUCUGCUCACAACUGAAGAUCAACUCCCAUACCAUAUGCAGUACUUAUUUGACACUAGUCUGUCGUCCCACACAUCAUAUUCCUAUUAUAUAAAGACCUCCAGUGUGCAUAGUUCAAUGAGGAACAUAGCUGUCAUUUAUACUACAAAGCCAGAAGUCUCAGAACAACACUUAAACUACUCUGACUCUGUGAUGCUUACCUGGACUGGACUCUCAAACCACUCUGGUCCUAUAGGGAAGUAUGUUUUAUCAUGCACACCUAUGCACAGCACUGAGUCCUAUGACUCCUAUGAAGGUCAGGAGACCUCAGCUACCAUUUGGAAUCUGGUUCCAUUCAGACAGUACCAUUUUCCUGUAAAGGGAUGUACUAGUGGGGGCUGUUUACACAGCUUGCCCGUUAUAGUAACCACAGCCCAGGCACCUCCCCAAUGGCUGAGACCACCUGUAAUAUGGAAAACCAGUUCCACAGAACUCCAAGUAGGUUGGUCUCCACCAGGAAAACUAAACGGUAUAAUUUUAAGAUAUAAAUUAUACAUGAAGAGAUGGCCAUCUACUAAAGAAAGUCGCAAGUUCUAGAGCAGUGGUUGGCUCAAUCCUCAGCUAGCUUCAAAGUCGGCCAACAAGAGAGAAAACACACUUCAGCCUCCUCGAGUCAACGUGUCCAUCUCUGACUUGGAAUACACAGAGUAUUCAUUUGGGGUCUUAGCUGUGACUAUGAUUGGCAGUGUGUGCUCUGCUUGUGCCUCAGAAACACCAGGAGAAUCAGCAUCUGUGUUCACGUUCCCUUCAGUCUCUCCACUCUUGUCACACUCACUCGGUGUCUCCUGGGAGAAGCCAGCAGAACACUUUGCAAGAGGAGAAAUUAUAGGGUGCCACAUCAGCGUGGUUUCUGAACAGUCCCCCCAACAAGAUGUUCCUGUGAUGUGUUCAAAGCUGUUGCAUUCUGCUAAGUCCCAAGACCUGUCUUAUGUCAUAAAGGGACUCUGACCUUAUAGGAUCUAUACCUUUACUGUCUCCUUCUACAAUUCAGUGGGCUGUGUAACCAGUGCUUCAAGAGCAGGAAAAACCCUAGGAGCAGCUGCUGCUCAGCUAAGGUUUCCCAUGGUGACAUGAGUCAAGAGCACCAUAGUCCAUCGGUGGCUUCCUCCUGAAGAAGUCAAUGCUCUGCCUCCUGUGAACUAUCUAGAAAGGAGAGAUCCCUCUCUCCCUACUCCAUGGCUGCUAAGACAGAACUGCUUUGUGGGAGACGGGUACUGCAGAUUUCCCAGAACAGCUCACCCAGAUUUUAUAGGCAUCAAGGCCAGCUUCCGGACAAGGAUGCCUGAAGGUCUGAUCAUCCUCGCAGUUUACCCUGACAGCCAGAAAGAGUAUUUUGCCCUUCAGCUGAAGAAUGGCCAUCCAUAUUUUCUUUCCAAUCCCCAGGGGUCACUAGUGGAAGUUACCACAACUGAUGAUCAUGGUAAACAACAGUGGCAUGAUAUCAUUGAGGCCAGGCAUCAGGAUUUUGGCCAUAUCUCUCUUGAUGGACAGUAUGCAGGCUCCUCGGCUGCUCUGAAUGGAAGCACCAUGACGGGAGGCUACACCGGACUAUUUGUGGGCGGGCUGCCACGAGGCUCACACCAUGCUCCAAAAGAGAUGCGGGAAAUUUGGCCAGGGGUGGCACUAUCCAAAGUGUGCUGGGUCCUUUUACAUCAACUCUUACUCAAGAGAACAGGGUUCCUGGGCCUUCCAUCACACACCCUUCAUGCUGUAAAGGACUUUGAGAUUUCCCUGAAGUUUCAAACCAACCAACUAAAUGGAUUGCUUCUUUUCAUUCACAGCAAAGAGGGACUGAAUUUUCUUGUUAUGGAGCUGAAGGGCAGACUACUGAGCUUCCGGUUGAAAUCCAGUCUUCUCUUUACACAAGUGGAUCUCUGGCUGGGACUGACCUAUUGUGAUGGAAGCUGGAAUACCUUCCUAAUCAAAAAUGAAGGGUCCACGGUGUCUGUGGCUGUGAAUGAACUCAUGGAGCACACCUCACAGGCUGGAGCCCAGACUCUGCAGGUGAAUUCACCAGUCUAUGUGGACGGGAUCCCACAGGAGCUGCAGGAAUCCUACAGACAUUUGACUCUGGAGCAAGGGUUCCGUGGUUGCAUGAAGGAAGUUGCAUUUACACGGGGUGCUGUCGUUAACUUGGCAUCUGUGUCCAGCCGUGCUGUCAGAGUCCAUCAGGAGGGAUGCCUAUCAAGUGACAGUACUGUUAACUGUGGGGGGAAUGACUCCAUCCUGGUUUAUUGGGGAAGCCAGCGGAGUGUUUACGGGAGCGGGCUCCAGCCCUUUGCAGGUAACGAAUACCUGUAUCAGGCCACAGACUCACAUGAUGGAGUUUCAGUGUCCAGUGAUUGGAGUCGGGCUACAGCAGGCACAGCUCCACAGAGUGUGCCAGCUCCCUCAAGAGCCCAGAGCAUAAAUGGAUAUAGCAUUGAGGUGGCCUGGGAUGAACCUGCUGUGGUUAAAGGUGUCCUGGAGAAGUACUUUCUGAAAGCCUACAGUGAGGACACAUACCCCCACACACCAUCAUCCAGUGCUGAGCUCGAUGACAAUCAGCAAAGGACGGGCAUGUUGGCAGGACUGUGUCCCCUCCACAGCCGUGCAGUAACUCUGGCUGCUUGUUCUUGGGCAGGCUGUACCGAGAGCUCACAUGUACUGAGCAUCUCCACUCCACAAGAAGCACCCGAAGAGGUUCAGACACCACCAGUGGCCUUGUCCCUCCCCAACUCUUUGUCAUUCUCCUGGAGUCCACCCAAACAAGCAAAUGGGAUUAUUACCCAGCACUCCUCAUACAUGGAUGUGAGGCUGGUCUACCAGGCAAAGAACAAAGCUAGCUACACAGUCACAGGUAUUAGGGGUGUUCAUGCCUACGAGAUGGUACUUGGUGCAUGCACAUAGGUGGGGUGCACAAACCGCUCUCGAGUCAUCCUGCAGACAGCACAGCGGCCACCAGAACAAGUGGAUCCUCCAACUUUGGCUGUCCUGGAUUCUAGAGCUAUGCACGUCCAGUGGAAGCAACCAAGGCAGCUAAAUGGAGUUCUAGAGAACUAUAUAUCAUAUUAUUUGAAUCCUACAUGUAACUCCACAAUGUGGAAUGUUGUCUACAACAGCACCAAAAAUGCCCAGGCUUCCAUGCUCCAGCACCUUUCUCCUGGGUGUCUAUACCUUGUCAAGCUGGGAGCAUGCACCGGUGGUGGCUGUGCCACGAGUAAAUCUGGCCAGGCCCUUUUGGAGGAGACAGUUCCAAAAGGUGUGCCAGCCCCCCAAGCCCAUUCCUGCUCACUGGACUCCUUUAACAUUUCCUGGACUGAGCCUGGGUAUCCGAAUGGUAGAAUUUCCCAAGCACAGCCUUUUUUAGAUUCCGUCGAUGCCAUUUUUAGAGUGCAAGCAUGCACAGCCAAGGGUUGGGGCCCAUUGGUAGAAAACUGGGCUCUAGAAGUCCCUCCUGAAGGCGUGGUCAGCGUACUUGUCAAAGCUCAGAAAUCCCAUGAAACUCAUUUGGUGGGGGAGGCACCUCUUCACCCUAAUGGGCACUUAGCCUACUCAGUCCUCUUUGCUGGAAACUUCUUUGUAAAUCAAGCAGGUAACAACUACACCCUUCCCAGUGGCACAGAAACCAUCUGCAACAGUGAGGGGAACCAGCUCUGGGUGCUGGUGGAUGACUUGGUUCUUUGCUCGCACUACAUGGUACAACUGAAUGCUUCCAACAGCCGAAGCAGCAUGCUCAGAGACCACAUCUCUGUUGAAAUGCCUCCAGUGGCUCCAGAUGGCCUGCUGUCUCCCAGGCUUUUAUCUGCCACUCCAACCAGUCUUCAGGUUGUCCGGUCUACACCAGCUCGCAACAACGCUCCAGGCUCUCCCACCUACCCGCUCCAGAUGAGACCAGGCCCCUCCACCCACGGCAUUCUAGAAUUAUUCCCGGAUCCUUCUGCAUCGUUAAGCUAUGAAGUGAGUGAUCUCCAGCCGUUCACAGUGUAUGAAUUUCUGUUGGUUGCCACCAAUGGCUUUGGCAGUACACGGAGUGCUUGGACUCCAGUCAUGACUGCAGAGGACAAGCCUGGACCAAUCGAUGCUCUGGCUGUUGUGAAUGUGAACUCGACAAUGCCUGUAAAGUGCAAUGGGGUUAUUACCCAUUGCAACAUCCCAGCAGCCUCCAGAAAUGUCACUAACUGCACUGUGGCUCAUCUACACCCUCACACAGCCUAUCAAUUCCAGGUAGACACCUGCACCUCCAAAGGGUGUUCCAGGUCACCAGAGUCUCAGACUGUGUGGACACUCCCGGGAACACCGGAAGGCAUCCCAAGCACAGAGCUGUUCCCAUACACUCCACCAUGUGUCGUCGAAUCUUGGCAAUCCCCAGCUAGCCCCAGUGGCUUGAUUGAGAACUUUACAAUCCAGAGGCGAGUCAAAGGGAAGGAAGUUAGGAGCUUAGCGACUGUCCCAAGAAGUCAUGCCAUGAAGUUUAUUGAUGAUGAUCCUGUCCUCAGCCUUUGGACACAAUGUGAAUACAUUCUGGGGAGCAUGCUUAAUGGAGGCACAAGAAGCAGUGCGAGGGCAAAAAUUGCAACGAGACCCUCCCAGCCCGCAGGAGUACAGCCUCCAGCAGGAGUACAGCUGCCCACAGGAGUACAGCCUCCAGCAGGAGUACAGCCGCCCGCAGGAGUUAUAUGGAAAGUCCCACUUACCCAGAAUGGAGACAUACUGAGUUACGAGAUCCAUUUGCCAGACCCUCUCAUCCCAAUCACCAAUGUAGCCUCCAUGGUGUUGAGUCAUCCAAUCAAGUGUCUCAUUCCUUUCACUAAUUAUGUCACCUUUGUUGUGUGCUCCAGAGGGAAUGAGUACUUAGGAGGGUGCAUAGAGAGUCUACCUACCUCUGCCACCACCCGUCCAGUCCUGCCUCAGGAACUGGCCCCAUUGUCUGCGAUUCUACUAGGUGAAUCUUAUGUUGAGAUUUCUUGGCAGCCACCAUCCAAACCAAAUGAACCACAUCUGAGAUAUGAGCUUCUGAGACGUAAAGUCUAGCAGCCACUUGCUUCAAAUCCCCCAGAAGAUUUAAAUCUGUGGCACAAUAUUUAUUCAGGAACUUGGUGGUUUUACAAAGAUAAGGGUCUUAGCAGGUUUAUAACGUGCACGUACGCUGUAUGUACACAACAGCAUGGGCUUUCACCAGGCCAAGAAGUGACAGUGACCACCAUGGCAGGUUUUCCAGAGAGAGGAGCCACUGUCACGGCGAGUGUCCUUAACCCCACAGCCAUAGACGUCACAUGGGAGAAACCAGAUGGGGAAAUAAUUCCACCAGUGUGGAGACUGGAUAGUCUGAUGGAGUGGUCUGCUUACCUGGGCACCAUGCAGGACUGUGACCCUUCUGCAGCCCUCAGACCUAGUGCCUUUUGCUCACUCCUCAUCAAAAGAACUACGUACAGUAUGCGCAACAGUCUGCGAGUGUCUAUCAAGUGCCAUCGACUGCAAGAAGAAGCUUGGCUGAUGAGGAUUGAGCAAGGCUCCAUGUGUGAAUAUGGCAGAGUGCCAUCUUUACCAGAUCUACAAGGUGAUGAGGAGUGUUACAUGCUGCUUUGGAAUUCUGGGGCCUUGAACAAAGCUCUGAAAAUCCUCUCAUGCCCUUGGCGCCUCAGCUCCAAAUGGAUUUUCCUCUCAGCCUUCAACAGAGUCGAGCCUCAGGGCAUGCUUCCUCCAGAGGUUGUCAUCAUCAACAGUACAGCUGUACAUGUCAUCUGGACAUCUCCUUCAAACCCAAAUGCCAUUGUCACCGAGUCUUCUGUCUAUGUAAAUAAUACACUCUACAAGACCGGAGUGGAUGUGCCGCGGUCGUUUAUCCUGAAAGGCCUGUCUCCCUUCGCUAUGUAGGACAUUCAGGUGGAAGUCGGUACAAAAGAUGCCUGCGUGAAAAGCAAUGGAACCCAAGUCAGCACUGUGGAAGAUACUCCAAGUGACAUUUCAAUACCUAUAAUCCAUGAUAUUACUUCAAGAUCUGCUCAAACAGAUUGGGUGACACCAGAAAAUCCGAAUGGUACCAUCCUCGGAUAUGACCUUUUAUGGAAAACAUGGCAUCCAUGCCCUGACACCCGCAAGUUAACAGAGAAACACAGUGACGAGCUAUGCAAGGCAGUCAAGAGUCAGCACCCUGAAAAUGCCUGUGGGCAGGCUUGCUGCUCUCCAGAAACUCAGGUUUGUUGCCAUGGACUUCUCUGUGCCCCUCGACCUGGUUACAGCUGUUGUGAGGAGAAAUGCAUGGCAUUCCUUCUGGAUUCCACUGGAGUUUGUUGUGGGUGCUGAAUCCGGGAGGUGCAGUUAGAUCACCAGUGCUGCUCUGGGUGUUACCUUAGAGCCCUCCUAGGAGAGAGGUGCUGUCCAGAUGAGCAGCACACACCGUCGGCCUUGGUGAUGCUGUGGCAGAAUGCCAUCUCCGGGAGCCAGGGGUGCUGUUCUGGGAGGCUCCAUGAUGGCUACGGACAGCAGUAAUGUGGAGGAGAGAUGGUGAGCCAGGAUUUCAAGUGUUGUGGUGGAGGAGAAGAGGGCAUGGUGUACAACAGAUUGCCUGGGAUGCUGUGUUGUGGGCAGGAUUGUGUGAAUAUGUCAGAUACCAUAUGCCGCUCAGUUUCCAGUGGAGAGUCUAAAGCACACGUUAAAAAGAAUGACCCGGUGCCAGUAAAAUGCUGUGAUACUGAACUUAUUCCAGAGAGCCAGCGAUGCUGUAAUGGAGUUGGAUAUAAUCCUUUGAAAUAUGUUUGUUCUGACGAGAUUUCAGCUGGAAUGGUGAUGAAGGUAAUUGAUAGAAAGCCUCUUGGAGGUGCCGCUUCGACGACGGGAGGAGAAAUACAUUAUGUGGAGCUUGAGCCCAAUAUCAUGUAAGAAUACAGGGUUUCUGCAUGGAACAGCCGCUGGUGAGGAUUCAGCCAACCUGUUUGAGCCUGCACAAAAGAAGGCGUGGCUCACAGAGUCAGGCCCUGGAUGGCCAGAGCGGGCAGCCCUGAAGAUGCUAUUUUCUUAAACUGGAAGAAGCCCAAGCAGUCAAUUGGCCGUAUUAUUCACUACAUUCUUCUUUGAGAUGGAAGGGAGAGAUUCCAGGGAGCAUCGCUGAGUUUCGCUGACACAGAGGGGAUCCAGCCACUCCAGAAAUAUUCAUACCAGCUGAAAGCCCGCACGGCCACUGGCUGUGCGCUGUUAAAAUGCAAAGACACUGAUGGGCCAUAUGGAAGAGAGUUCUCCAGGCAGACAGUCUGCCAGGUAGUCGCUGCUACCGCCCGAGGAAUCCCUGAGAGUGUCUCCCCGCCAAACAUCACAGCCCAGGGCCCAGAGACACUGCACCUCGGCCGAAAUAUCCCUGAGAAAGCCAAAGGUGUCAUUAAAGAGGACCAGCUCUGGCUGCAUGGGAGAGGGCUCGUCUACACUGACACGGGUGACAGGAGGCAGCAUACGGUCACAGGUCUCCAGCGGUACACCAACUGCAGCUUCACCCUUACAGCCUGCACACCUGAAGGGUGCACUCCCAGUGAGCCUUCUACAGGUCAGACCCUACAGGCUGCGCCUCAAGGAGUUUGGGUGACACCUCGACACACUAUCAUCAAUUCUACAACCGUGGAAUUAUAUUGGAAUCCUCCAGAAAAGCCCAACGGCCUCAUUUCUCAGUAUCAGCUGAGGCGUAAUGGAAGCUUGCUUCUUCCCGUGGGUGGCAGUGAUGAACAGAAUUUCACUGAUACAAUCCUGGAGCCCAACAGCAGGUAUAUUUACAAGUUAGAAGCAAAAUCUGGAGGUGGCAGCAGUGUGAGUGAGGAUUACAUUGUCCAGAAGCCUAUGUGGACCCCAGAGGACAUCCAUCUCCCAUGUAAUGUCACCACACUGGGCUCUGAGUCCAUAUUUAUCUCAAAUGCACCACCAAGGAUCCUGGCUCCCUGAAUUCCAGUGGAGUACAGCAUCUUACUCAGUGGUGGAGGUGCAGUGCUUUUGGACUUCCCUGUUGGACAUCGUCAAUCUGCCCAUAUGAAAAACUUGGCUCCAUUCGCCUAGUAUGAAAUAAGGAUACAAGCCUGCCAAAAUGGUAACUGGUGUAAUGAACAGAACAUUGAGAUGGAGAGAACACCAGUGGAUAUAAAAACACAUGGAAAUGCUGUCCAGCUGCCAUGCCGAUGUCCUGCUGACACUGGAGACGAGGCUCGUAUCUUCAUCUGGUCGGAAGGAGCUCUCAAGUUCACUGAUGAUGCAGACACGCUGCGGCCUUCUUCACUGUGUGAGUACCGAGUCAGAGCUUGGAACUCCAAGGGUGUGGUCCACAGCCUGUGGUCAACAGGAACAAGCCAUCAAGCCCAUCUUUUUGUAGAACCAUCUACAACAUACCGCCUGGGUGUGAUCGCUGUGAACAGUGCAGGACAAGGGUCAAGCCCCUGGACUCUGGUUAAAACUUUAGACUCUUCCCCCAAGGGACUGACCAACUUCACAGUGGACCAGAGAGAGAACGGCCAGGCUUUGCUGCUCCGGUAGCCAGUGAGAACCAAUGGAGUGAUCAAGGGACACAGCAUCUUCGGCGAUGGGCUCCUGGAGUGCUCUGGCCUGGGCUGAUGGCUUCUCUUCAGACUUGACCCCGUCACCCUCUACACUCUGACCCUGGAGGCCUGCACAGCAGCAGGUUGUGCCCACUCAGAACCCCAGCCCCUCUGGACAGGCGAAGCCCCUCCAGACACUCAGCUGGCUCCUACCAUCCAGUCUGUGGAGCCCACGAGUGUGACGCUAUACUGGUCUCAGCCAGCUAACCCAAAUGGGAAGAUAAUGCAUCAUGAAGUGAUUCACCGCAGAGACUUGGAGAGAGAGGAUUGGGGCCAUGGGACAACUCAGGCGGGUAAAGACAUUGUUUUCACCUAAUACAACAUAGAAAUGGACGCUUGGGUGUAUAAUGGCACGGGUCUACAGCCACGGAGGCAAUAUGCUUACAGAACCUGCACGUGGAAUUCUGCAGGGCACACCUGUAGCUCUUGGAUUGCACUAAGGGCAUUGCAAGCACCCCCAGAAGGCCUUUCUCCACCUGAGACAUCCUGUGUGUCUAUGAAUCCCCCCCAUCUGCUGAUUUCCUGGAUCCCACCCCCAGGGUCUAACGGUCUAAUCCACCCCUACGGACUUCAAAGGAAUGAAGUGACCCUACCUUUCAGUUUCAAUGCCAGCACCUUCAACUACAUGGACAGCCAGCUGCUUCCCUUUUCAACCUACAGUUAAGCAGACCUCGCCUGCUCCAGUGGCGGCUGCUGUACCAGCAAACCCGAUCCCAUCACCACCCCUGAAGCACCUCCGUCAGGAGUCAGUCCUCCAGUUCUUUGGGCCAUCGGUGCCAGCCACAUAAAUGUGUCUUGGUCCCCGCCAUCAAUGCAAAAUGGAAAGAUUACUAAGUAUUUGCUGAGAUAUGAUGGCCAGGAGUAGACAGCUGGGCAGGGUCUGUCCUUUCUGGUUUCCAGCCUGCAGCCUUUUACUCAGUACAGCUCCUUCGUGACCUGCACAAAUAGAGGAUGCACUACCAGUCGGACUGCACGUACGUGGACGAUGGAGGCCCCACCAGAUAACACGGAGCCCCCCCCCCCAGUACUGCAAGUCACGGGCUCUGAAUCAAUAGAGAUUACAUAGAAACCGCCAGGAAACCCACAUGGCCAGAUCAGAAACUAUGAGAUUAGGAGAGAUGGAGCCAUUGUGCAUACAGGGCUGGACCGUGACUUUACCCUGCCCCUGGGUGUAGAAUAUGGCUAUUUGGUGGCUGCCACCAAUAGCUAGGGAAGUGUCCUGAGUCUGCUUGUCAAGGAUCAAACCAAUCCCUCAGGCCCCUCAGGCUUAAAGCCUGCAAAGCUGCGUGCCAGUGCCAGGGAUGCUCUUGAGAUCUUAGUGGACUCGGGCUCUCCAGUGAGAGCAAGCGGUGAGAUCAUCAACUGUACUCUCUUCAUCCAAGAGGUGUUUGAAAGAGAAACCCGAACUGUGUGCAUUAAUGCAACGCAGAGUUCUUAUGAUACACGGCCACUUACAAUGAACCACCCGAAACCAUUUCACAGGUAUGAAAUUCCCGUCCAAGCCUGCAAUGCCCUAGGAUGUGCUUCCAGCAACUGGGGCGUCUACCUAGACGAGACGAGGUCCCCUCUGAUGUGACCAGCCCCACAUCUGGAAGUGCAGACAGUCGGAGGAUUCCAGCCCAGAGUAGCUGUGUGGUGGGCAUGACCACUUAAGCCCAGUGGAAAAAUCAUAUACUUUGAAUUAUACAGAAGACAAAUAGCAACCCAGCCUGGAAAGUCCAGUCCAUUGUUAACCUACAAUGGAAGCUUAAACUGGUUUGCGGAUUCGGAGCUAUUACCUUUCACAGAGUACGAAUAUCAGGUAUGGGCAGUGAAUUCUGCAGGGAAAGCCCCAAGUAACUGGACUCAGUGUAGAGCUGGCCCCGCCCCACCAGAAGGUCUCAAAGCGCCCACACUCCACACAGUCUCCUCCACCCAAGCGAGCAGGAGGCAUACCAUCUCUGACCUGAGAUACUCUCUCAUCUGGUCCUCUCUCCUGCAGCUGUCUGAAGGCAUGGCCACCCAGCAGACCCCUCAUGACCUGAGACCCUUCACCACCUAUGCCACUGGGGUUGAGGCCUGUGCCUGUUUCAACUGCUGCAGCAGAGGGUCAACAGCAAAGCUGAGGACUCACCCCACCCCACCCUCGGGGCUGUCUCCGCCUCAGGUGCAGACACCAGGCUCAAAAAUGGCCUCCUUCCAGUGGACAUCCCCUCAGCUCCCCGAUGGUGCCACUCACAGGUUAAAUGGAACAGAUGAACAAGGCCCGUUUCUGGCGGACGGCAAUGAAUCCACGGUGUGCGUGGGCUGCAGUGGCACUUUCCUCCUGAAUGGCCAGCUAAAAGAGUGCUUGGUCACCGAUGGAGGACAGCAGGUGUACAGUGGCCUGGGCACCGCCCUCUACAUACCAAGGACAGGGGACAAAACUUUCUUCUUCCGGGUCACCUGCACAACAGACAUUGGACGUGCUAAGACUCCAGUGUUCCAGUAUGAUGCCACUACUGGACUCAGCUUGGUGCUGACAACUCCGGGGGGAAAGAAGGGAGCGGGGACCGAAAGCGCAGAGUUCUACAGGGAGAUGUGGUUCAUUGUGGCCAUGGCAGUGCUGGGCCUGAUCUUGCUGGCCAUUUUUCUGUCCUUGAUUCUACAAAGAAAAAUCCACAGGGAGCCGUGUAUCAGAGAGAGGCCUCCCUUAGUGCCUCUUCAGAAACGGGUGACCCCGCUGAGCGGCUACCCACCAGGGGAAACCCAUGUGGGAUUAGCCGAUACCAGAAUCCCUCGGUCUGGGACACCCUUGAGUCUCCAGAGCAGCCGAAGUGUGUCUGUACUGCGGAUCCCGAGUCAAAGCCAACUCAGCCAGACCUUUACCCAGGGCUCUCUCCACCGCAGCAUCAGCCAGCUCAUGAACAUUCCAGACAAGAAGGGCUUGACGGAUGACUCACUCUGGGAAACUAUUUUGGGCCACAGCAAUGGACUGUGCAUGGAUGAAGAGGAGCUAAUGAACGCCAUCAAGGGCUUCAGCUCAGUGACCAAGGAACACACCACCUUCACCGACACCCACCUGUGAGGAAUGGAAGAAUGUGCCCUGCGUUUUCCAGUUACCUUAACAUGUCAUAGAAGCGCAAAAAAUAAGAAUAAAGAAACAUUAAAGUUUUUUUCCUAAUAGAGACCUAAGAAAUAUUUUUUUCCCUCUGGCUGUCUCAAAUAAGGAAUUCUAGACACGUGUACAUGCUUGUGCUGCCUUGCUGAUUUUGUGGACGACAAAGUAUGCAGCUCUCUAGGUUCUGCCAGUGACGCUGACGGUCAAGAUGGCUCACACUUGUUUUCAGUAAUGAGAAGUUGCUAGUUUCAAACCAAGUCUGCUAGGAGGAGGACGAGAUCCUAGGAGGAUGACUCUCUCUAGGCAGCACCUGCACCUGUGCUCACAGCUCCACAGGCUGUUCCUGAGGACGAGGCUCAUGCACGCAAGUGGGCCUGUUACAGCUGGAACCUUCGCUUGAACUAAAACCUGUGAGAUCGUCAAUCAAUCUGCUGUUCCUGGAAAACAACGUAAGAAACCCUCCUUUCCUUCAGUCUUAAAAGUUCCAGGAAAUUUUUCUGAGUUUAUGUGACAGUAUCUUGCGGACCUUUACGAGGGACUAACUCACUUAUUUUGCUUAAAAGCCACGAUUUACUCCCAUGAUCCAACAUUCUAAGGCUGGACUUCUGGAGUGAUGAACUGUCAUCCAAACUGUGGCACGUAGCUCCUGUCAAAGCAUAGAGCAUGAUUAAACAGCUCCACAACAUGUCACAGGGACUCCACAGUGGCUAUACACAUCUUAGCGUGCAUUUUCCUGUCUUGACAAGAUCUAUACCUUUUGAAAUGGUAAGAUAACUGGCCAGUCUUUAGGUUACAGGCAAAGGGGCCUGCCUCUCAUGGCAGCGGGUAGGUGCUAUAGUGUUGAAUUGAACCAGGACCACAAGGUCCAACAUCUAGGCAGCAUUUUUCUGUUUAGGAACAAAUCAUUAGUGAGAAAUAACUGUCUAAACGACACCUCCUGAGAACUAAGCCUAAUGUCUAGGGAGUGUGACCCCUGGGGGUGUGAAGAAAACAUAGCAAUCAUUUUACUCUUUGGUGAUUCUUGCCUGCUGUGUGUGUAGAACCGUGACGGCAGCCAAAGUUAAUCACUUCUUUUUUAACUGUAAGGGCCAAUUGAGUGUCUGGUCCUCAGAGGUCACUGGGGCUUGACAGGAACCUCCGGCUCCUCCGGCCUUUCCUUUACCAGUUGUCCUACCUGUGUGAGAGCCGGUCACAAGCCUUGCUUGACCAUGGCGCCAUUGGGAAAGUGGAGGAAGUUCCCCUCUGUUGGCAUGCCUCUCUGUAGACUGAACACUGGUUAGAGCUGACCGGAUGGCUUCUCCAUAGCCUCCCUGAACAAGACAACGGGUGAUCCCCCACAGCUAUGCCUCUGAGGUCCCUGGGAUGUAGCUGACCUUGAGGGGAAAACAGGAAAUGCCCUCUCUUUCAAAUCCUCUGACCACAUCAGUCUCCCAAGUAUGGUUCCUGGAUACUUAGAUGUAGCAGAGUGAUGUCACUGGCCUUCUAACUGCAUACUACGUAUAUAAAGAUGGAAGAAAACCAAACACUUACUCUUUGUUUAGAUAUGAUUUUGCUCUUUAAGCCGGUCCUUGUAAUUGCUACAGAGUAGAUCAAUAACGCCAUUGACUUAAGCAGAAGUUUGAUAUCAAUGUACUGAACUCUGACCUGUCACAUACCUUAUAUAACUCGCCCAGACCCUGUAACUUGCUUUCUUAUGACAGUGAAUGAACAAACCUACCUGUGACGAUCUUUGCAAGUUGGCUUGGCUGAUGCCAUGGCAGCUGUCAGGCUUCAAACAGUGCUGUGCAAUAGCGCCUCAAUAAAAGAAAACUGACUCCAAACCA